AUGCAGCUCGAUCUGGAUGAUUGGGUCACCAACUCAAAUGAGUGCUUUCAUAUCAACCUCUACCGCACAUCCAAUAAAAACGGCCCAGAACGCAUCCUCGAUGAAUCCUUCCACCCAAGCUACACAUACACAGUCAUCGAAGAGAACGAGACAAUCGCGGGGUACAAAAACCCAAGCAUCGAGCUUGAUUUCCGCGCAAACGACCUCAAACCGAAACUGAAGAUCUCGUUCGAUCAGGAGCUCGACCUCAAGAAGAUCUCCCCAGACCUGAACCAGGUUGAUCUAUCACCAGAGCUGUUCCGAGAGUACCUGCCCGAGUCGAUCGAUGAUGCUGCCGGCGCCACGUCUUCAGAUUGGAAACCACCGGGCGAGCGUAUGAAGACCUUCAGCCUAUACGGAAAACAGUACGAGAUAUGGAAGGCCUCCAUGACAGAUCCCAAUGCUCGGCGCAUCUGGUCGAAUAUGAAGAUUUUGACGCUGCUGUUUAUCGAUGGUGCGACGUUAGAGGGUCUGGAAGACGAGGAAACGCUUGAUCGUUGGUCGCUAUACCUUCUGUACGAUGUGACGCCCUUGACAGAUGCAUCACUUUCCCCGUACACACUCGCCGGUUUCUCCACGUCGUAUCGCGCUUGGGUCUUUCCCACUUUCGAGAUUGCGCGCGCCACAAAGCAGCUGCCUUCACCAGCCAACAGCAGUAACGGUGACGCAGAGAAAUACACGCCGCCUCGUCUGACACAAGACCCCGAAACUUUCCUCUUUACCGACAAGCUUGAUCUCCUCGAGACGUCGUCGAGGGAGCGCAUUUCACAAUUCCUCAUCAUCCCUCCAUACCAAGGCCAAUCACUCGGAAGCCGCUUGUACGAUACCAUCUUCGACGAGUUGGUGAAAAAGCCCUUCAUCUACGAGAUUCCGGUUGAGGACCCAAGCGAAGCUUUUGAUGCUAUGCGAGAUUACAGUGAUAUCACAUACCUUCGUACACUUCCUGCCUUCAAAGACCUGUCAAUCGCCUCAAAUCUCUCCCCAGAAUCGUUGAGGAAGGAUUCACCAAUCCCGCGGGACCAAAUCCUUGGGAAUGGCAAAGAUCUUGAAGAGCUUCGGAAAGGUACCAAGAUUGUGAGCAGACAGUUCUACAGGAUGGUCGAGCUCCAUUUGUUGUCGACAAUCCCGCCAAACAACCGAAAUCGCGCACGAAUCACAAGGAAAGCGAAGUCCAGCAACGAGAACGAUAGAAAAUACUACUUUUGGCGGUUGGCCCUCAAGCACCGAAUCUACAGCCAGAACGCAGAUGCGUUGGACCAGAUGGAGGAUGUCGCAGAACGCGUGGAGAAGCUGGAGUCUGCAGUCGACUCGCAGCAGGAGGAGUUCGAAGAGCGUCUAGAAGGGUUGGAGAAGCGCCAGAGUCUUGCAGCCGACGAAAAUUCUGUGCCCGCAGCUGGUGCGAGAAGCAAGAGGAAGAGAGCGGUCGUGGUCGAAGAUGACGAGGAUGACGAGUGGGAAGAUAUGGAUGAAGUGUCAGUAGCCAGCUCGAAAAGGAUGCGGUCGUAA